CCAAGAGCAGCAAUCUGUCCAAGAGCAGGAACAGAUUCAUGAAAACCUGGAGGACACAAAUGUAUUCCCUGCAAAGUCUUCACCUUUCGGAAUAUCUCAUGCUGUAUUUAAUAGUUUGAGGGUCAGGUUUACAAAAGACUUUGCAACAACUGUUGUUGGCCGUCUCAAUUUGAACGAUGCAUACACAAAGUACCCGGUGUUUGUUGAUAUCUUUCGUGGAGAAAAGCUAUUCGCCACAAUGAACGAUGUCGCUGAAAAGCUCGGAUAUUUCUCAUAUUUCUCCUAUUUCUCCCAUUUAUUCUUCUCGCCUGCAUUGAUUAACAUCUAUGAUCUGGACGAAUUUGACUUGGAAGACAUGCUUCACUAUCUGGCAUACUCUGGUGGUGCCGUUGGUUUUAUGGAUCUUCUAGGCAGCUCUAAGAUGCUGAAAGAUAUCAUUUUUAGUUUUCUCGCAGCUCAUGAUCUGAUCUUGCAGCAAUGGAUCUAUUUUGCCCGGAACUUCAAAAAGCCAUCUUCACUGAG